CUCAAUAACUAAUUCCUAAGUCCAAUUCUGUGUCUAUUUUUAUACAUAUUGUAGCCAGAAAAAGACGAGUACUAAUCAACUAAUAGGAUUGGGAGUGAAAUUAACAUUUUAUAACGUAGGCUGUGUAAGCCAAAGAGAGGGAGGAGAGUUUGCACUAUAAAGGAAGACAAGACAAACUGGGAGUCACACUAGGAAACUAUCUACACUUGCUACAGAACAGUGCUCACGUGCAACAGUCAAGAGCAAAGCAAAAGACGUCCUCUCAAAACCAGAAAGCCUCAGGUGACUUUCCAUUAUCAUGACAAAGGUUUACAAGAAGAAUAGUGGCAAUGGUAUGUUAUGUCUUUAUUUGGGGAGAAGAGACUUUGUGGACCAUGUGGAACAUGUUGACCCAGUUGAUGGGGUGCUAAAAAUUGAUCCUUCAGCUCUCAAUGGAAAGAAAGUGUGGAUACAGCUUGCAUGUGCCUUCCGUUAUGGACGAGAGGAUCUGGACGUGAUUGGAGUUUCCUUUAGAAAAGAUAUCUGGAUAAAGCGCAUUCAGAUGCAUCCCUUUGAGGGUACCAAGCCCCCAAACACUCCAAUGCAGGAUGCGCUUUUAAAGAAAGCUGGAGAGCAAGGACAUCCCUUCACUUUUGAUAUUCCAGUACAUCUUCCAUGCUCAGUGUCCCUUCAGCCAGGACCAGAGGAUGCCGGGAAGCCUUGUGGGGUUGACUAUGAAGUCAAAGCCUAUAUUACAAAUGAAGAAGACGAGACAGAUGAAAAGGUUGUCAAGAAGGAUACCUGCCGUCUGAUUAUUCGUAAAAUCCAGUAUGCACCAAAUGAGCUAGCACCCGGACCCAAAACCGAUCUCAACAAACAGUUUAUCACUGCAGACAAACCAAUUCACGUGGAGGCCUCCAUGGAGAAAGAGCUCUACUAUCAUGGAGAUCCCAUUCCUAUCAAACUGAAAGUGAAUAAUGAGACCAGUAAAGUAGUGAAGAAAAUCAAAAUAAGCAUUCACCAAAUUACAGAUGUACUGCUUUACUCAGCGGACAAAUACCACAAAUGUGUUCUGAAUGAAGAGUUUGCGGACCAAAUUAAUGCGAACUCCACCUUUGAGAAGGAAUAUAGAGUCACUCCUCUGCUUGCUAAUAACAAAGAGAAACGUGGCCUUUCACUGGAUGGAAAACUGAAAGAUGAAGACACCAACUUGGCUUCUUCAACAAUUCUGCUCCCCAACAUGGAUAAAAAAAUACAAGGCCUUGUUGUUUCCUACAAAAUUAAAGUUACCCUGAUGAUGGGAGGUGGUCUCUUGGGAAGCCUAACAUCAAGUGAUAUUACUGCUGAACUCCCCUUGGUUCUGAUGGCACCUAAACCAACAGGACAGACAUCAACCUUGAAUAGACUCAACAGCCAGUGAUGGAAAAGAGCAAGUCAGAAGGAGAGACACUCAGGAAUAGAUGCAGAUUCCAAAUAAUUUCAUUUCAUGAGCCAUAGACCAUAGAUGAUUUCUUGUUGCAAAUAUCGGUGUAAAAGGAAUUAGCUGUAUAGUGUUAAAAAUGGGCUAAAGGCCUUGUGCACUAAGAGGAACUCAAUGACACUGAUCAAGCAUUGGUCUGAUGCUGAUGUCAUGUUUGUUUCUUCUGCCUUUAUAAUGGGAUCUCAGAUUAAUGUUUUAGUUUCUUUUUGUAUGUGAAUGUAAAAAAUUAACAACUUACGAUAAAUGUAUUAUUAUAAUUGUAUUAAAUUGUAUUUUUUUCCUGUAUGUGGUGAUGGUGGAAAUUAAUAAACAUUGGAGUGUUAUUUGGACCACUAUCAAA